AUAUAGUAUUGUUUGGAUGAAUGUUCCUAUAUCUAACAAAAAUAAUACGCGCAUUUGCGUGUGCAAAUGAUAUAUUAAUAGAGAAAUACUCAAAACGUUUGGAUGAAUGAUGUACACCCCUGCAGUUUUGCUCUACUCAAAACGUCAAACACUCGCAACCAGCAAUAUCAGGCCAGCUUGUAGCUAUACCGAGGUUCGUGCAUUGUUGUGAGAAACAUAGAGCUGUAGAUCUUGCGUUUCCCAAGGAACUCGAAGCAGAGAUUGAUUGUUAGCUCUCUCAUUCUCUGGUUCUUCGAAUUCUCUGUUUUUGUUUGCUGCUGAAUUCGCAAGCUUCGUGCCUUGAACGUGUUAUCUGCGCAUGAAGCCUGGGAGUGCUUUGAUUUGCUUUGCUUGGUGAGAUUCAAAAGAUUUUAGGAGAUGAAUAGUUCGGAGACAUAGAAUCAGCAGAUUCUUUGCUCCAACGAAAAUCUAAAAUCUUAUGAAUUGACUAUUAUAGAUUGGUUCUAUAGAGUGGUGGAAAUAAUGGCUAUCGGAUUGUCUUCUAUCAUCCCGAGGUUGCAAAUGGAGGAGAAUGGAGAAGAGAACGAGAAUCGACGGGGAGGAGAAGAAAAUGGAGAAUGGAGAGAGGCAGAAUCAUACUCAUGAAGAUGGUGGGUUGUUUCCUGGAGGCCUUGGAUCUCUUCCACAAGAUGCUGCAAACAGGUCCUAAACCCAAUGAGUUUACCCUGGUAAGUGUCCUGGCAGCCUGUGCAAAUCUAGUGGCAUUGGAUCAAGGAAGGUGGAUCCAUGUCUAUAUUGAAAGGGGUGAGGUCAAGAUCAAUGAGCAAUUGCUAGCUAGCCUAAUAGACAUGUAUUCAAAGUGUGGACAGAUAGAAUUUGCAUCAAAGGUUUUCUGCAAUGGACGUGGUCUGAGGAGGAAGGUUUGGCCUUGGAAUCCCGUAAUUGGUGGUUUUUCAAUGCAUGGAAAAUCCAAGGAAGCAAUUGAAAUUUUUGAACAAAUGAAGCUUGAAAAAGUUUCUCCGAAUAAGGUGACUUUUAUUGCCAAGUUAAAUGCUUGCAGCCACGGAAAUAUGGUCGAUGAAGGAAGAGGUUAUUUUGAGUCCAUGGCAAGUUGUUAUGGAAUUGAGUCUGAGAUAGAGCAUUAUGUGGUGUAUGGUAGAUCUACUGGGCCGUGCUGGAUUCUUGGAGGAAGCUGAAGAGAUCAUAUCUAGCAUGCCAUUGGCUCCAGAUGCUGCCAUAUAGGGAGCAUUACUUGGUGCUUGUGAAAUCCAUAAAGACAUGGAAAGGGGAGAGAGAAUAGGAAAGAUAUUAAAAGAACUAGAUCCUAACCAUAUCGGCUGUCGUGUUCUUUUGGCUAAU